AUGAAUAAUCACACCAGAAAUCAAUUUCAUCAAAGCACAUCCAAACCUCCUCCUAAACGUAAAUCUUCAAAUUUGUUUCAACAAUCAGAAGUUCAUGCUCAUUCUAAUGCAGUAAACUCACGUAGGCAAUCAGAAGUUCAUGCUCAUUCUAAUGCAGUAAACUCACGUUGGUUAACAAGAACACCUCUAACAGAUGUUACAAACGUUCCUGUUGAACGUGUACCUAAACACAACUACAAACGUUUGUUGCUUGAAGAACCGUUGGGAGUUAAAAAAUCCGAUGAAGUUAUACAUAGUAGUUAUUAUCGUGAUAAAGGAAAAUCUGCUACACCUCUUCCAAAUUCUGAAAACAGUCCACCCUAUUUAUCCCAACCUCUUUCUUCGUGUGUUUCAGCUGUUGCAUUACAAAGCAGUCAACCUGCUCAUAGACACAAUUAUAAACGAUUAUUGCAGGAACCAGCAAUUGUAGUUGAUAAUGCAACUAAAGCAACAGAUAAAACCAAUCUUAUCAAUAAAGGAAAAUCUGUUUCAGGUUUACCUACUUUCACACCAACAUGUUAUGAAUUACCAUUUUCCAGCUCCAGCUCUUCUGCUACUUUACUUGAUAAUUGUUUACCUCCACCAAUAAAAGCCAAAUGUACAGUCAGAAGAUUUAAUACAAAUGAGAUACCUAAAUUUGAUCUUGAUACCGAUGAAACAGAAUGUUUAACUGCCGUGCAAUCUGUUUUUGGCAUAUCAAAGAGGCACGCUGUAAAUGUUGAAAAUAAAAAUACUUUGGAUGCUGAGAUAAUUAAUGAUCUUAAGGAUCUUUUGGAUCAUUCCAAUCCACUGGUUCAAACUUAUCAUAUUGCAAGAGAUCGUUUAAAUGAAACUGGUCAAAAGAAUGUGCAUAUCAGGCUUAUUGGAAGAAGACAAACCGAUGGAAGAACACAUAACCUUCCAACUGCUUCUGAAGUUGCUGCCAUUGUAGUUGGUGACAUUGAUAAAUUAUUUGAUAAAAGGGACAUUAUCGGGGAGACUCAAACCGGUCAUUUAAAACGCAUCUCUGAACUUCACCCUUCAUAUCUUCCACUUCAGUAUCCUCUUAUUUUCCCAACAGCAGAAGAUGGUUACAGAACUGGUUUAAAACAUGGAAUGUUGCAAGACAAUGCAGAGGGUUCUAGAACUGAUGUUACUAUGAGAGAAUUCUUUGCUUACAAGAUUCAAGACAGAGAUGUCGUUUUUUCACUAUUGCUAAAUGCAAGGAGACUUUUCCAGCAAUUCUUGGUGGAUGUGAUGCGUGUUAAUGCAUACACUAUGGUGGAGUCUGAAAGAUUAUUCUUUAUUCGUAGGCAACAGACAAAACUUCGUUGUGAUUCUUAUAAAAACAUCUCAGCUUCCAUUGCUUCAGGUAACACAGACGCAUCAAAUACCGAUCAAAGAGUUUUACUACCAUCUUCAUUUACCGGUGGUUCAAGUUAUUUAUACAGUCGAAUUUCAAAGCAUGGCCUUCCUCAUGCUCAUAUAUGUCUUUUCUUGGAGUCUUCUUAUAAGUUCCCUUCCUCAGAAUAUGUUGAUCGAGUAAUAUGUGCUGAGAUUCCUGACAAUGCUGUUGACCCUGAGUUGUAUCAACUUGUGAAAGAAUUCAUGAUUCAUGAGCAUACUUCUGUUAAUGAUGAAGGCUGCCCGGUCUACAGGAGAAGAGAUACUUCACAUUUUGUCAUUAAAAGUGGAAUUCCAUUGAACAAUGGUUACGUUGUUCCUUAUAAUGGUUUUCUACUUAGAAAGUACCAGGCACAUAUUAAUGUGGAAUGGUGCAACCAGUCUGGUGCUAUCAAGUAUUUGUUUAAGUAUAUCAACAAGGGUCCUGAUAGAGUUACUAUUGCUGUUAAUAAUGAGAACUCAGCUGAGGCAAAUGUUAAUGAUCAGAAUGAUCAACCAAAUGUUGACGAGAUUGAACAAUUCUAUGAUUGUAGAUAUAUAUUUGCAUGUGAGGCAGCCUGGAGGCUUUUUAAAUAUGACAUACACUAUAGGUUUCAUGCCGUUGAGCGAUUACCAUUUCAUCUUCUAAAUGAACAAUAUGUGACUUACGAAGACGAUUCCGAUUUAUGUGAUGUUAUAAACAAGCCUUCUGUUGGUACAUCCAUGUUUUUGGGUUGGAUGGAACGCAACAAAAAUGACCCAAAGGCAAGGGAACUGACCUACGUCCAGUUUCCAAUGUUUUAUGUUUGGAAUUCUAAACACAGAAGAUUGGUAGGUAGACAGAAACGUGGAUCUGUUGGAAGAAUUCAUUAUGUCCCUCCAUCUCUAGGAGAAUGUUAUUAUCUGCGGAUUCUUCUAAAUAAAGUUAUAGGGCCAACUUCAUUUGAAGAUAUUCGUAUCGUCAAUGGUCAAGUGUACCCUUCUUAUGAAGAAGCAUGUUUUGCUUUAGGUCUAUUGGAUGACGACAAAGAGUAUGUUUCGUGUAUUAAAGAAGCUAAUGCAUGGGCAUCGGGUAGAUAUGUUCGUUCGCUUUUUGUGAUGCUGUUGCUGUCUAACAGUUUAUCCAGACCAGCAUCUGUAUGGUGCCAAACAUGGGAGGAUAUGUCAGAUGACAUUCUCCAUACACAAAGGAUUCGUACUAAAAACCCAGUAUUAACCCUCCAACCAGAAGAGAUUAAGAAUCAUGCAUUAGCUGACAUAGAAUGGUUGCUUAGAAACAAUGGCAGCACGUUGGCCAAUUUUCCCGACAUGCCUUCUCCUGAUCAACGAUACGUCAUUAGCUCAUCCAAUCUGUUGGUCCAUCAAGAACUUUUAUAUAACAAAGAUUUGUUACAAGAUGAGCACGGUACCCUUCUUUCCAGUCUCACAAGUGAGCAAAGUUGUGUUUAUGAAACUGUCAUGGCUGCUGUUGAGCAUCAACAUGGAGGUAUGUUUUUUGUUUAUGGAUAUGGUGGUACUGGUAAGACGUUUAUUUGGAAAACUCUAUCUGCUGCCUUGCGUUCUAAAGGUAAUAUUGUAUUAAACGUUGCUUCGUCUGGUAUCGCAUCCCUUUUGUUAAGUGGUGGUAGAACCGCUCACUCCAGAUUUAUCAUUCCUAUUAACGUUAACGAGGAUUCAGUCUGUUCUAUUCAACCUAACGGUGAUUUGGCACAACUUCUGAGGAUGACCAAACUUAUCAUUUGGGAUGAAGCGCCAAUGACUCACAGGCAUUGUUUUGAGGCUCUAGAUUGA